AUGAUGACAUGCCCCUCCAAACUACAGAAACUGGACUAUGAACUUCUGUUUACCACAAGCCUACGCACAGACCAGUACAUCCAUUACAACUCCUGCCACCAUCCUCAGAUAAAACAUGCCGUCAUCACCACCCUCACCAGACGUGCAAAAGCAAUUUGUCAUCCUGAUGCUCUCAGCAAUGAACUGAACCAUCUGAAGGACACCUUCAUCUCACUCAAUGGUUACCCUGCACAUCUAGUCUCAAAAACCAUCAACAAGACCCUCAACACUUCCAAGCCUAAACCCAAAGCUGCCCCAUCACCCAUCAGCAUCACCAUCCCAUACCUAGACCCUGUCAGCCAUCAGAUCUCCUGGCUAGUGAAGAACAAAGCUAACAUAGAUGCACCUUCGCCAGUACCAAAACUAUCAAAACCCUCCUGCAAGCCAAUGGCAGAAGCCCCAGGGGAUGUGUAUAUCAUACAUCGGCACAUCAAAGAACACCAAACGUCUGACAACAAACUCAACCUCAAAUCCACUAUUUCUGAACACAACAACAAGAACCACAACCACAUUCACCUGAAGUAUACUCUGAAAGCCCUCAUCUUUGGAGAUGAAGAGGAUAGCUCCAUUACUGCCGUCAUCUUCGAGGAGGCCCACAAGACCUUCAGCUAUAGUCUCCGUCCUGGCAACAGAGGCAUAUUGAGCAAACAUGUGAUUGUUGGUGAGGUAAUGAUACAGGUUGGUGAGGUAAUGAUACAUGUUGGUGAGGUAAUGAUACAGGUUGGUGAGGUAAUGAUACAGGUUGGUGAGGUAAUGAUACAGGUUGGUGAGGUAAUGAUACAGGUUGGUGAUGUUAGGAUACAUGUUGGUGAGGUGAUGAUACAUGUUGGUGAGGUGAUGAUACAUGUUGGUGAGGUGAUGAUGCAGGCUAGUGAGGUGAUGAUACAGGUUGGUGUGGUGAUGCAUGUUAGUGAGGUGAUGAUACAUGCUGGUGAGGUUAUGAUACAGGUUGGUGAGGUGGUGAUACAGGUUGGUGAGGUGAUGAUACAGGUUGGUGAAGUGAUGAUACAUGUUGGUGAGGUGAUGAUGCAGGCUGGUGAGGUGAUGAUACAGGUUGGUGAGGUGAUGAUGCAUGUUGGUGAUGUUAUGAUACAUGUUGGUGAGGUAAUGAUACAGGUUGGUGAGGUGAUGAUGCAGGCUAGUGAGGUGAUGAUAGAGGUUGGUGAGGUGAUGAUACAGAUUGGUGAAGUGAUGAUACAUGUUGGUGAGGUAAUGAUACAGGUUGGUGAGGUGAUGAUGCAGGCUGGUGAGGUGAUGAUACAGGUUGGUGAGGUGAUGAUACAGGUUGGUGAGGUGAUGAUACAGAUUGGUGAAGUAAUGAUACAGGCUGGUGAGGUAAUGAUACAGGCUGGUGAGGUGAUGAUGCAGGUUGGUGAGGUGAUGAUGCAGGUUGGUGAGGUGAUGAUGCAGGCUGGUGAGGUGAUGAUUCAGGUUGGUGAGGUGAUGAUACAUGUUGGUGAGGUGAUGAUACAGGUUGGUGAGGUGAUGAUACAGGUUGGUGAGUCGAUGAUGCAGGCUGUUGAGGUGAUUAUACAGGUUGUGAGGUGA